GUCUAUUCCCUUCACCCUUCACCUUUGGAUUCAAGCCAUGGCUGUAACCCGUGUGUUUCUACAGCCGGGAGUAGUUAAAUUUAUUUGAGUAACAAUAAUAUAUUAAAUAUGAAAUUUAUCAGUGAUUAAAUUUUAAAACAUUUAUAGUUAUUGAUUUUCUAUUAAAUUUUUAUUAAUACAAGAUUAUAAAUUAAUUAGCAAGAUGCUUCCAUUAUCGCACAAAGACAGCAGAAGUAUAAGUAGUAAAAUACUUGAAAAAAUAUAUGGCUGGAAAAGACUCAUCUUCUCGGAUCCCGACACAAGGAAUUUAUUUUUAUUUUUACUACUCAAUUUUUCAUUUGCAAUCGUCGAAUUAUUAUACGGAAUGUGGACCAACAGUUUGGGACUGAUAUCUGAUGGUUUUCAUAUGUUCUUCGACUGUACCGCUUUAGUAACAGGACUGGUAGCAUCAGUGGUAACUAAAUGGCGAGCAAAUGAACGUUACUCUUUCGGUUACGUCCGUGCCGAAGUGCUGGCAGGUUUCGUCAACGGAUUAGGAAUAUUAGUUCUCGCAUACUGCAUAAUGUCUGCGGCAUUUGAACGUUUGUUUGAACCACCGGAAGUAAAACACGAAAAAUUAUUCGUAGUUUCAGUAUUGGGUUUGCUAGUAAAUCUAGUGGGAGUUUAUGCAUUCCAACAUGGACACAGUCACGGUGGACAUGGUCAUAGUCACGGUGGUGGACAUGGUCAUAGUCACGGUGGUGGACAUGGUCACAGCCAUGGUAACCAUGCUGCCAACAGUGGACCUGUUGCUACUAGUCCUGGUGUUGGUGUCGGCGUUAACAUGGAACUAGGACAUGGUCAUGAACAUGCAGCUCAUGGUUAUGAUCCACAUUCGCAUAAUCAUAAUCACAGUCAUAAUCAUGAUCAUCAGGAAAUAGAAAUAGAUACGACAUUAGCAACAGGAAAUUCACAGAUUAUGAAAGGAGUAUUUUUACAUAUACUUGCUGAUACACUUGGAUCUGUUGGUGUCAUUGUAUCAGCAAUAUUGAUACAAAUGUUUGGAUGGAUGAUUGCUGAUCCAAUUUGCUCGAUGUUUAUUGCAGUUAUGAUAACAGUAAGUGUGCUGCCGUUAUUGCAAGAAUCAACCACCAUUCUUAUGCAAAGACAGCCACCAGCGUUGGAUCAUUUACUUCUAGGUUGUUACAAUAAAGUAACACAAUUGGCGGGUGUUUACAGUGUACAGGAGCCUCAUUUUUGGACACUUUGCUCGAACGUUUAUGUUGGUACACUUAAAUUAGAAGUUUCUAAGACAGUUGAUCCGAAAUACGUUGUUGCGCAUACGGAAAUGAUAUUUCAUGCGGCUGGUGUAAGACAUCUUACUGUACAGCUGGACUACACGUCUAUGUGAUGAUCGUAUGUUAGUGAUAUUUAUGAUAAUGAUAAUAAUAUUGAUUAUGAUUAUGAUAAUAUUUAUAAAUUAAAUAAACAAUGGCCAAAUUGUUGUAAAGUAUCGUCAAUAAACCGUAUGAAUAGUUGUGGUGCUUGUCAAAAAGAAUUGCAAUAUCGUGCAUUGAUAAAUAAUGUUAUUGGUCUUAUUAAAUUUAUUGGCAAUUAUGUUGUCACUAGAAAAAAUUAUUAUAAAUUUCAUCUUGAAAUUGUUUGAUUAAUUUCAUUUCUAUAUGUUAUUAUUAAGGCCAGGAUUUUUGCUUUAAUUUAAUAAUAACAAUUAAUAAUUAAUGGUGUCAAAUUUUUAAUAUUCCGGCAAAAAUAUUGAUCGCUUAAAAAAAUUUUUCUAGCAAAAGUUGUAGGAAAUUAAAUUUUAUGAAAAGUCUCUUAUAAUUUUGUCUUAGGACUAAUAAAAAAAUCCAUAAUUUUGAAAUUAAGAUUUUCAUAAUUAUCAAAAAUUUGAAUCUUUCAUUAUGAAUCUUACCUUUGAAAUUACGGUGAAAAUAUUGGUCGUAUAAAAAAAUCUGAAGACACAUUUUUUUUUAAAAAUCAAAUUUUCUACAACUUUUGUUUAAAAACUUUUCUGAUAAGACCAAUAUUUUCGCCGUAAUAUCAAACACUUAAACCAUUAAUUUCGAAAUCAAGGCAAAAAUUUUGUCCCUAAUUAUUAUUAUGUUGGAUAAAAUGAGGAUAAAUUUAUAGUAAAUAACUUAUUGGUAAAGGUUCAAAUAAUUGAUAAGUUAAAAAUGAUAUUUUUCUUAAAUUGCCUGUAAAAAAAUUUGAUGAAUUUUUUUGAGACAUUGAAAUAUCCAUAGAAAUGCGGAACUUAAGAAAAAUUUUAUCUACAAUGAAUUAUUUUUCUUUGUCAGUUUAUUGAUACGAAAAAAAAAAAUUGUCUUACAAUUAGUAGCUGGAAAUAAGAAAAAUUUUACGGUACAUAAAUUAUGUAUGUGUAAUUUUUGUCAUUAUUUUUUUUUAUGUAAAAAAAAUUUAAUUAAUUGUCAAAUAGUCGAUAUUUCGAUGAAAAAAUUUUAAUGAAAUUUGAAGAUUCGUAAGACUAUUUUUUUUUUUUUUUAAUUUUAUUAAAUCUAAAUAAAUAUGAAAUGUCGAAUAAGUUAUUUAUAUCAAUAUAUUUUUCCUUAUUACUAAGUAAAUAUAUUUGAAGAUGAAUAUAAAUAAUAAUACUAAUGGUGUUAAUGUUAAACACGCAUGUGUUAAAGGUAACAAUAAGUGAAAGAUGAAAAAAAACAUUGAAAUGUAUAAUUUGUACAUAGAAUUAAUCAGUCGUAAUUGACUUGAAGGCUAUAAGAAAAUAAAAAUUUUUAUCUUAUUCAUAUUGUCAGAUUUAAGUAGUGGCAUCAAGGAGAACGUGGCAAUGAUACAUUUAUAAUAAGUAAUUAAAAAUAAAUAAAAAUAUUGCAACAUGGAAUGUAUAUUGGAAAAUUAGAUAUAUAUAUAUUAUUGGAUUAAUUUAAUAAAUGUAACUACUGCCAAAUUCUUAUAGUUAUUCAAUAAAUAUGACAAUUGUAUUAAUUUUUAAAUUUAUGUAUAAUACAAUAAGAUUAGAUAUUAAUUUACUUUUAUGUAAAUUCUUAUUUUAAAAAUGAAUGUUUAAAAAAAAUUCAAAUUUUUAGCUUAUAAUUUUUAUUAUUUUUUUAUUUUUGAAGACAGCUAUCAUUUAUAUAAAUAUAUAUGUAUUUAUAUAGAUAUAUAUAAUUAGUAACUAUAAAAUUUAAAAUAAGUUGAUUA